CGCAGUGCGGCGGGGCCGGUCCCCGCGGAGGGCGUGGAGUGUCGCCGGAGCGGCCGGAAGUGAAGCGGCUCCGCCCUCCGCCGCCUCCGCCGCCCCCCGAGAAGGGCGAGGGCGAAAAGAAGGGCGAGAAGCAGGGCCCGGGCCGGUCCUGCCCCGUCCCGUCCUGCCGCCGCCGCCGCCCCCGGGGCCCGGGCGCCAUGGACCUCCACCAGCCGCCGGCCAGCAGAUACCGAAUGCUCCACAAUGAAGAUGACGCUUCAGAGUCGCCUGCUGAGGAGCAGCCGUCCACUUCAACCCAGGCGACGCAGAUAGCGCCAAGUCCUCCCACCCCUGAAGCUGAAGCAGGCACUUCCCCGCCGCCUUACAGCAGUAUUGGAGUUCCUGUGGGAGCCGCGGCUGCCUCAGAAACACACAGUGAUCUUUAUCCUGGACCCCCUCCCUAUAGCGUAGCUACCUCUCUUCCAACAUACGAUGAAGCAGAGAAGGCCAAAGCCGCCUCCAUGGCAGCAGCAGCAGCGGAAGCAACCCAAAGAGAAGAAGAGUAUCCACCAUGGGACGACUUCAGCGAUGCCGACCAGCUUAGAGUAGGCAACGAUGGUAUCUUCAUGUUGGCAUUUUUCAUGGCAUUCAUUUUCAACUGGAUCGGAUUCUGUUUAUCCUUCUGUAUAACGAACACCAUUGCGGGGAGGUAUGGUGCUAUCUGUGGAUUUGGCCUUUCACUGAUCAAAUGGAUCCUUAUCGUUCGGUUCACCGAUUACCUUACUGGAUAUUUCAACGGACAGUACUGGCUCUGGUGGAUAUUUCUGGUUCUCGGCCUCCUCCUGUUCUUCAGAGGAUUUGUCAACUAUCUUAAAGUCAGAAACAUGUCGGAAAGUAUGGCAGCAGCUCAUAGAACAAGAUUUUUCUUCUUGUAUUAGAGGCUGCAUCCACCAGACAUUCCUUUCCAAUGUGAAAUUUCCAGAUGAUGGGUAAAACUCCCAACUUAAUAGAAGACUGCUUAACAGAGAAGAAAAAUCAGCGAAGACAAAGACAAAGCUUUUCAGUACUAUCACCGGGUCCUCUAUUAAAUAUGUAUAACGAGUAUUACCUUCAUAUGCACAUUGGCAUAUGUGCUAAUAUUAAAAUAGGGAAUUGACAAGUAACAGACCUUUCGAUUGAUAUCGGUUAAAGUGCUGUCAGACCUGGUUAAAUCAGUGUUUUGAGGUAACAAAGACUUAGAUGGAAACUCGUCUUGUAGAUUGCAUGUACCACUGACUGAUUGAUCGGAAGUUUAGCUAAAUAAAAAUGAAAUCUCUCUAAUUAUUUAGCUCGGCCAGUUUGGGACCUUAGGUGGACCGGCUACAUUACGGUAUACAUCGUUAAAAAAAAAUGUAACUGAAGCCUGAUGUGCUUAGUAUUUGAAGGGUCUUGUCAAAUUUUGAUCAAGGCACCGCUUCCACUGCUAAAAUUCUUUCCCUCUGUAAAUAGCCCUGUAUAAAUUAGUGUCUGAGUCACCGUCUUAGGGAUUGUGUCCAAGUAUUUACUCAUUCAUUUUAAAUUAAGUUCACUCUUAAUACGGAUAAUAUAUAUUUUUUAACAAUUUGGAUAUCAAAGGAAUAGAUUGCCUUAGGAGUGAUUUCUGCGAGAGGGCCAGAGUACCAGAUGUCCUUCAAGUGGAACAUUUUCCUUCAGGUUUCAGUGGUGUCGGAACAAAGAACUCGGUUUGUCACGUUGUUCGGCCACCUUGAAACGGGACUCGUUUUAGCUAUUAUCACAUUUGUUUUAUUUAAGGCAUUUUUUGAAUAAAACUCAUCUGUCCGAUUAACUCAUUUAGGGUUCAGUCUUUGGGGAAAAAAAAAGGUGCAUCUCCUAAGGUGGGUUUGGAAGUCAUUUUAGAAAUAGGCACUUUUCUUUAGGUGAUUACUCUCAUUUUUGAAGUUCAGCUAACAAGUAACGAUCUGCACUAUUAAUAGCUGCUUGCUUUUCCGAAGAAGGGGGAUUAACCGUUGAGGAAAUCAUCUCUCAUUUUGGAGCAUGUGAAGUCUGUUUGGGGUGGUGGGAAUCACUUGGGGGCUGUGUUUGCUACCUGGAUACAAUAGGUCGCCGCAACCUUCAUCACAACUGGAAGCCAGACCCCAAAACAUGCAGUCUCCAACAUGUUGGCACCUUGGCAAAGCCAUUUACUCCUCAUUCAUUUUUAAUUUUUUCAACUUGAUCCUUAGUUUUCAAUUAAUAAUGAAGUUAAGGAGACUGUCGCUUCAGUAUUAGAGCUAUGUGAAAUGCAGAAAUGGUAAGAUUGUUCAUUUUAUUUUAAGUCUUUGCAACUGAUUAAAAGUAAUUCAGGGGCAAAUGGCCUCCAUUUCUGAGAAAAACAGUCAUUACUUUUGAACAGUUAAUUUGCAAGCUCUUCUGAAUGUCAUCUGAAUUUUUUCCUAUGCUUUACUCAUUGUCUUUAUGGUUAGCAAAUAAAACAUAUGGUUUUGUUUUGCUAAUUGA